AUGGUGCGCCAGCUGCGGAUUGCAGCGGCCACCAUCAGACACGCUGCCGUCGAACAGGCGAAGCGUGUCAAGACCUCGGCCCGGGAGGUGGAGCUGGAGCGGACGGUCGCCGAGCUCAGGGCCCGCGUGACCGAGCUGGAAGCCCGGCUUGCGCGAGGCCCGGUCGCGCCUGCCGCGGUGCCGCCGCCUGUCGAUCCGGCGGUAUCGGUGCCGGUGCCCCCUUCGCGGCCGAGUGCGUCCUCGACGGCGAGGUCGAGUCGGCCUGCUGCCUCGAGGCCUGCGCCCGCCGGUCCGUCGCGGAAGCCUGCGAUGGGCGGCGCGACCCUCGCGCCGGGCGUGGACGUCGAGGGCCUCAUCCGUCGCCCCUGCGGCGAGAUGGAGGUGCGCCUCGCGGCGCGCCUGGGGGCGGUCUCGCUGGUGGCCGCCGCGAGCGGGGCUCCGCAGCGGGUGCCGCGGGCCACGCCGCGCCCUCCUGCGGGUCCCUCCCAGCCUGGCCGCUCGGCGGUGGGGAGCCGCCCCGCGACAGACAGCGGGGAGCCCGCGAAAAAGAAGAGAGGCAGGAAGAGUAGCGGGAAGAAGCAAGCGGGUGGCGCCGCUGCCCAUCCUGCUCCGGCCUUGCCGGGCCGAGACCGGCCCCGUGCCGCGCCUGCCCCGGCUGCGUCCCGGGCGAGGCCUACGCCUGCGCCUGUCGCGCCCUCCCUGACCCGUCCGGCACCUGAGACAUGGUCGAAGGUGCUCGGACGCAAGGAGAGGCGUGCGGAGGCGGCACGCUCUCGCACUCGCGGGGCGUGGCCGGCUGGAGCUCCGGCCGGGCCGCGGGUUCGUCCGGCGCGUGUGCCGAAGACGGCGGCGGUAUCCCUCACGGUCGCCCCGGGCAGCGCCAUGACCUACUCAGAGGUCAUGACAAAGGCGGUCGCUGGCGUGCGGUUACGGGAUGUCGGGGUAACCGGCAUCCGGUACCGCAAGGGGCAGACCGGGUCCUCCAUUUUGGAGAUCCCGGGCCCGGACAGCGCUGCCGGGGCGGACCGCCUGGCUGGUCGCCUGGCGGAGCUGUUCGCCAGCACGGACGUGAGGGUGUCCAGGCCGAUUAAAUCCGCCGAGGCGCGGGUUAGCGGCCUGGACGAAUCCGUCACGGCCGACGGCGUGGCGGCGGCAGUUGCCGCGGUAACCGGGUGCCCGGUGGACAGGGUCCAAACCGGCAUCAUCCGGCGUUCUGGGUCCGGGCUGGGCACCGUCUGGCUCCGCUGCCCGGCGGCUGCCAUGAGGGCCCUCCUGGCGGCUGGCCGCCUGCUCGUCGACUGGUCGUCCGCCCGAGUGGAGGCCUUGCCCGCGCGAGCCCUCCGAUGCUUCAGGUGCCUGGAGCUCGGGCACGUGCGGCAGAAAUGCCCCCUCGAGGCGGACCGCGGGGACCGGUACUACAGGUGCGCCGGUGCGGGCCACCGGGCACGUGAGUGCACGGCGCCCAUGCGAUGCCCGGUCUGUGCUGACCUGGGCAGGCCAGCCGACCACCGGCUUGGGGCCAAAAAAUGUGCCCCUCCACCGCCAAAGCAGGGGAGGAAGGCUCGCGUGACGACCCCGAGUUCGGGCGAAUCUAUGCCGGUCAAUCGACCGGCGGCAGAUGCGCCGGCGCUGGCGCCGGCUGAGGCGCUGCGGGCGAGAUCGCCCGCUGCGAUGGAGGGAGGAUCCGGCAUGGAGGAGGCCAUGGACAUGGCCUAA